CGAUGGAAAAAGCAUUCAAGAUCGGCCAUAAACCAUUGAUGAUUAGAAAUCAUUGAUGGCCAUCAUUAAUCUAAAUCUCGCUACACAUGUUACAUCUGCCCCACAUGCAGUAUAACAUAGUUUUGCUCAUUAGUGUGCUUUUUUGGUUUGUCAACAAUUCUGAAUAACCCCCACAGUGUGUAACAGGGAAAGAGUUGCAGCAGUUCUUCUUGUGACCACUAGAUGGCAGGAGCAUUGCACAGUUUGUUAUGAGAGGGAGGAAGCAUGUCUGGGUAUGUGGUGGGGGGACAUUACAUGCUGCCUGUUUGUGAGUGAUGUUGCAUCUAGUCCCAGCCUUAUAGGGAGGAGCUGUGAGCCCAUACAGUGCUUCUUCCAUAACAAUCCUUAGGACUAGUGGCUCUGCCAGUGUCACAUCGUCUCCAGAACUGGCAGCAUGGCUGGGGUACGGGUGGCAGUAGUCACAGGGAGCAAUAAAGGGGUCGGCCUGGCUGUAGUGAGGGCCUUGUGCAAGCAGUUCCAGGGAGACGUGUAUCUGACAGCCAGGAACCCCCAGCUGGGGGAGGAAGCUAUCAGGGCACUAAAGGAGAAGGAAGGUUUGUGCCCCCUCUUCCACCAGCUGGACAUCAAUGACCUGAGCAGUAUCCGGGCUCUGCGCGACUUCCUGAGAGAGAAGUAUGGAGGUCUGGAUGUCCUCAUCAAUAAUGCUGGCAUUGCAUUUAAAGUGGCUGACACCACCCCGUUUGGUACCCAGGCUGAAGUAACCAUGAGAACAAACUUUUUUGGCACUCAAGACAUUUGUAACGAGCUACUACCACUAAUUAAACCAAAUGGGAGAGUGGUCAAUGUAUCUAGUGUGGCCAGUUCCAUGGCUCUAACUAAGUGCAGCCCGGAACUACAGGAGAAAUUCCGCAGUGACACCAUCACAGAGGAGGAGCUGGUGACACUCAUGAAGAAGUUUGUAGAAGACGCCAAGAAGGGCAUCCACCAAAAAGAAGGAUGGCCGAACACUGCUUAUGGGGUGACCAAAAUUGGGGUAACGGUGCUAUCCAGAAUCCAAGCUCGUCGGCUAAAGGAGACCAGGAAAGAAGAAGGCAUUGUCCUCAAUGCCUGCUGCCCAGGGUGGGUGAGGACCGACAUGGCUGGUCCUAAUGCUACCAAGUCUCCUGAUGAAGGGGCAGAGACACCGGUAUAUCUGGCUCUCCUCCCACCAGGAGCUGAAUCACCCUAUGGGGAACUGGUCAGUGAAAAGAAAGUCUUGGCCUGGUAGAUGCGAAAUCCCAAUUAGUGUUUGUGAGAUUCCAGCCUGACAAAACUUUAUGCCCACAUUCAGCCUUAACCUAUGGAAGCCUUUACUGUUAUCCUGAGUUAAUGUCCCUUUGUCAUACUUGUGUAUAAAUAAAGUUACUUUGCUUAAAUAA